AUGGCAAACUUAAUAUCCGUAGAUCGUGUCCAUGGUAACGUUAAUGACGAUCUUAUUCUCUGUUCAAUAUGUUCGGGUUUAUUAUGGAAACCUGUUGCAUGUAAAUCGUGUGAAAAUCCAUUUUGUUUGUCAUGCAUUCGUCAAUGGUCUCGAAGGAAGACAAACACAUGUCCAUUUAAUUGUAAAUAUGAACAACGUCGAUGUCCACCAUCAAUUAUCACAAUUCUAUCUCGAUUGACAGUUGAAUGUUGUCAUAAAGCACACGGAUGUUCUCAAGUAGUGCCUUAUGAACAACUAGGAAAACAUGAAGAAGAAUGCUUGAAGAAACGAAGAUAUCUCACAUUCAAUAAUAUUCCCGGUGCACGUGAAACUAGUUCAAUGAUACCGAAUGGAUAUGGUGGAUUAGAUUGGGAAAAUGCGGGCUAUAUAUAUGAAUGUUAUGCAAAAAAGACUUAUCCUCUUAGUGGUUAUCGUCAUGGAUAUACUUUUGGAAAAUAUAUUGCUUUUAAUUCAGGUGGUAAUGAAAUGUCAAUAUUAAGUAUUAAUCAAACAACAUUUAAUGUUUAUUCAAUGGAUGUAAAUUCAGUUUACAAUGAUAAUCUAAAAUUGACAAUCGUUGGUCUCCAAGCGGGUGUUGAAUUGUAUACAAAAACUGUUACACUAGAAUUUUCAUACUCACAAACAAUUGAAUUAGACAAUUGGACAAAUAUCGAUCAUUUACUAUUUCAAUCUUCUGGUGGUAGUGCACAUACUGGCUGUAGUAACAGCCCACAUUUUGCAUUGAGUUGUUUGAAUUAUUCAUUGAAUUAA